GUGACAGUUAUAUUGUGGUUAUGUUACAAUUUAGUUUUUUUUUUAAUUUUAUUUUCAAUUUAUCAUUCAGUUUUAUAUUUUAUAUAUUUAUAUAAGAAACAGUACUAAUAAAUGGCACGGAAAAGAAGAAUGGCAAAAUCCAAGAAACUAAAGAAAACUUCUAAUAAUAUAUUCAAACAUAAAAACACAUUUUUAAAUGUAAAUAAUAAUGAAAUAAACCACCCUCCUGUAGCACUAAAACACGAUACAAGGGGUGACAUUGAAGUUAAAGAGUCACUCGUGACUCCAAAUGGCAAAACUUUCUAUCCAUGCCAGUAUUGCACCAAAAUCUUCCCUAGAGAAGCAACAUGCAAGACUCAUAUUGAGAAAUGUUCCAGCAGAAGUAACCCAGUAGCACAAAAUAACAUUAAUUCCAAAUCUAAAGCAAAUAAUAUUGAAUCAUUGGUUUUAAAUACUAGUAACGAUUGUAGAAGUUGUGAAAACGGGGACAUUUCAAAUGGCAGUGAUGAUGAUUCUGAGAAAAGUAUAAACAAGUCUGAAAUGCUGAAUAUAAGUGGCAGUAGCACUGAAAAGAAACAUCUCCCUUCAACAAAAGGAUUGCAUAGGAUUAACAUUAGUCAAAAUAUAAUGGUUAAGUCUGCUACAACUGUUAUUCAAGAUUCUACAGCAGAAGAAAAAGAGGCUGAUGAUGAUGAUGAUGUACAAAUUAUUCCACAAGAAAUUCCAAAAUAUGACCUAUCAAUUUAUGAUUAUGAUGAAGAUACAACAGAUGAAACUCCCCAAAUAAAAGAACAUCAGUGUAAAUUGUGCCCUUUUGUAGCAGAAAAUGCCAUUGAUUUAAUUAGACACAAACGAAAGGAACAUUCUGGUCCAAGGAAAAUCAUAUCUCCAGAUGAAAUUCAAAAAUAUUUUGAUUGGCCAGACAGGGAUUUCUGUCCUAUUUGUGAAAAGCCAAUUAAAACCAAAAAUUACAAGUCCCUAUUCAUCAAGCAUUUGUUGGUACAUACAACUGGGUUGGCUUACGAGUGCAAGAUUUGUAAGAAGAAAUUUCGAAGGAUAGAUCAUUUAAAGGGCCAUGAGAAACGACACAUUAUAACUUUCGAUGAAUUACAGGCUAUACAAAAUACUGUGUACGAGGACGAUAUUGCUUUGAAACAGCAUAUAAAUAUGUCUUAAAUAUCUUUUUACAAUGAAGAAUGUUUCUGAAAACUUUGGUUUUGAAUUGGUAAUUGUAUAUCUGCACCUUAAAGGUAAAAUUUGUACUACAACAUGUUGUCAAUGAUAAGUGAAUGCGACUUUUAUAUCACAAAAAAUAUAGCUCUGAAGGAUAAUAUUUUCAUAAAUUGUUUUUAAAAAUGAGUUUAGAGUAUGGUAAAGAAUUGUGGAAAGUCUAUAGUUUGUUAUUUAAAGUGAUAUUUAAAAGUUAUGGACUUCCACCAUUUUUUAUAGUAUUUAAAAGCUAAAAUGCAAAAUACACUUUAAUUUUUGACCUAAUUAUUUCAGGAAACUUGUGUUAAGAUUUAAAAAUGUACUGUCGAUGAGGUAGCGCCAAUUUGCAACCAUGCUAAUUUGAGCAAUAUGUUUUAUUAAACUCAUCAUGUUAAGUAUUUGUUAACAUUAAGAGAUAUAAAUUUAAAGUGACUUCUUGUAUUACUUCGAAUGCAAAAUCGUUUUCUAACCUAAGAAAAAAAUUGAGUUGGGUCUUAAGUAGAAGGGCAUUUACUAAAAUACCUUAAGCUUAUACUUUUUUAGUGGUAGAAAAUUAUAUGACUAUAAGUACUAACUGGUUUUUGAUAUAGUAUCACACUUUCAGAAUCUAUUGACAACAAUGUAGCUAUCUCAAAAUGGAAUUGACAUGACUGUAUUUCUUUAAAGUCCUUUGACAGUUCAGUAGCCCAAUAUGUUGAGUGGCUGGUUCAUUUACUGGGUCGUUUAGGAGUGUAAAAACACUGUGUUUCAGAUCCCAGACCAAACCAUGUGAAGUUCAUUGUAGGAUUUGAUGGGUACUGUAUUAGCAAUAAUUUAAUUUCUCUUGGUAGGACAUCUAGAAUAAAAAUUGCUGUGGGUUGAUAUUGCGAUGAUGGUGAGUGGGGAUUUUCUUACAUAUAAAUCAAUCAGCCAAUUGGAUAUUGAAACAAUUAUAAAAGGUCUAAAAAAACGAAAAACAAAACUGAAGAUAUUAAUGGUUUCAGUGUAUUCAUAUUGAAAAAAUGCUUUUCACUUCUAUCGUAGCCUUUAACUACAAAUAAACUGUUGUUUAUCUGAAGAUGUAUUCCCUGUUAAUAUGAAAAGAGGUAGUCUGUCCAUUAUUUAAAAAAUCUGAUGUGUCCAACACAUGACUUUCCUAUCUAGUUAUAGGCUUUUUCAGGUUAUUUUGUACAACCUAUUGCAGCAACUCUAUAAAUGUUUAGAGGAUAAACUAAAUAUAUACAUUGUCCACAUACAUCUACCUUGAAACAUUUUUCUAUUCAUUGAAAACGAAAAUACUGAAAAAUUUAAAUUUCCUACAAUUUUUUCAUUACGGUCCAUUUUAGAAAAAUCAUGUAUGAACAAAAAUUAUAGAGAUCGAUAUCGCAAACAACUUUUAUUUCAAAAAUUUUCAUAAAAAUCAGAAUUUUGCACAUUUUGUCAAAUUUCUCGAAUACGGACCAUUUCAGGAAAUUUUUACAUAAAACAAAAAUUAUGGAUAAUAAUAUUAGAAGUAACUUUUAUUUGAACAAUUUUCUUCUCCGAAUAUAAAUAACAGAUAUAUUCCAUAAAAUAUAAAAACGGCCUCCCAUAAAGUACCCCCCAGGUGUUCCGACUUUGUCCAAAAUCUAAUUAUUUCACGUCAGGCCGAAAUAAAACUUAAGUUUAAAAUUUAGUGUUUUUUUCUUUAUCCGUUUUUGAGUUUUCUUCAAAUUUCGAAAUUUACACAUUUUCUCAAAUUAGAAAUUAUGUAUAGGACAAACAUUAUAG